UGUGUGAGUGUUUAAACUGAUGGGUGUAUUUAAACUGAGAUCACGCCAAAAUUCAAUUUAGUCUUGAAUAUUGAACUUUUUGAGUCACAAGUAAAAAUGAAGUGGUUUAUUGGGAUAUUUGCUAUUUUUUGUUCGCUUGCUCUUUCCAAAUCAGAAGGCGGAGCAGGUGACAUAAACUAUCUUAUCGAGCAUGCUAGUGUUGCUGUAGACGUCUAUAGCGGAAUAUUGGACCAAGAGCCAUGGAAAUUAUUCAAGGAAGCACCACAAGAGUUCAGUAGCUAUCCAACUGAUCGUUCUCCAGUAAGCGCAAAACUUCUUGGGGAAAUCCAUACUCGUUUGUUGAACAGUCGGGACGCAUACGACAGUUUGUCACAAAGUGCCAAAGAAUGGUGUGGCUUUUCAAAAGGGCUCCUCAUCGCAUACAACAAAUUAUUCGAUGGACUGACUGCAGCAAAAUCAGAAACACAAAAAACUCUUUUACUUCGUGUGAUUGAUGAUGAAAUAAGUAAAAUGAACGAAUGGCAAACAUCCCUCACAGAUAUGGCCACAAAUUUCCAUGAAGCAGCUGAUAAAUUAACAACGCUAAACAAUCGAGCUCUGCCGGAUUCCAGCAAAACAUUUUAUGGAACAUUGAACAGCAAAGUUAAUCAAGCUUAUAGAGACGCGAGCGAAACACAGAUCAAAUUACAAGGCGAGAAGCAAGUGCUUGAAAAUUUGAGAGGUCAAUUGGCGGAAUCAAGGGCAAACGAAUCUAUUAGUGCCGAAAGCCGCCAAAUCAUUACCAAUUCUGUUCAAAAUCUUAUUGCUAAAUGUAAUGAAUACAGUCAAAAGCAUUAAUUCUUUCAUUUUGCUCGUUAUUCUAAAAGUUUAUAAAUAAAAUUAAUUGGGUUAUUUG